AUGAAUGAUGAUAAUUCAGAUGAGAAGACAGAAGAUGAACGGCUAUCCUUACUUCUCAGUGGUAAAAAUGGAAAUACCUGUGCAUACAACCAAAACUCCCCACAUACACAAAACUCCUCAGCCGAUAGUGUGAGUUGGAACUCUGCGAACCCGGAUGACAUGGUGGUUGAUUAUGAAACCAGCUCUGCCGUGGACAUUGCUGAAAACAAUACUUUAACUCCUCAGUGUGUAGAAGUGCUUCAUCACCAAAAGUCGUCAAGUGAGUUGAUUAGGAAGGAGGUGUUAGACACCCACAAAGCCUCCACACGUCAGUCUUGUGUGCACGUUGUGAAUACAGAGGAGCCAAAGUACCCGUCUAACCGUUGUCAUUCCCUGGAAUCAUUACGGGACCAGAGUGCUGAGACAUCGCUGCCUUUUGUGUGGAAACCCAACGAUGAUGAUUUGAACUGUCCACAUUGUCUUACUGCCUUGGAGCCAAACCAGACAUUUGACAUGACAGUGGAUGAUGUUGACUGCACCUUCGUAACACGUCAUGCCAUUGGGAAGAGUCAGUCUUUGCAUACGACUGGAAAUCUGCAGCCGACCGGCAUGAGGAGUGGAAACCCAUCUUUAUCCUGUUCUACAUCUCCCUGUUCUGAUAAGAUACAUGUGAGAGAAUUGAAUUAUGAUCAAGACAGCUUUGAAAACCCUCAAGCCACAGCAGCAGAGGCCCAAGAUACAACGUACAUAGCAUUUCCUAAUGUGAUGCAAACUGGUAUUGUUGUUCCAGAUCUUGGCAUUCAGUGUCAGUAUUCCACAGGACAGAUCACCAGUGACUACACAGAUGGGUCACAGCAAGGAUUAGUUGGAGAAAAAGAGAUACAAGCUCCAACACCAGUUUCUGAGAGCAUGGAUGUUCCCAAUGGGGCUGUAUUACAAGAGUUCUUUUGUUUAUCGAAAGAUGAACCAAAUAGUGAGACACAUUCACAGGCCUCAUAUGGGCAAAAGGAAAUGGGCCAAAAUCUCAGAGAAACAGUGUCCAAUUGUCUUAAAGAUGAUGAAUGCCCUUUACUGGUGCCAGCUUUUGAUAAAAGUGAAGCCCAAGUACUGAACCCAGAACAUGAAGUCACGGUGGCUGGAGAUGCACACAAUGCCUCUCAUGAAAAGGAUUUGGAAACCCAAAAUCGUACCAUAGAAUUGAUACUGACUAGCCCACUGGGACAGAAGAUGGCUUCGUCAGUUGAACUGAGUUGGGAUGCAAAUGAUACGGUCAUUAACACAAAUAAUACGGUUUGCAUGUCAACACCAGUCCUAGAACCCCCAAAUACAACCUUUUCUAUUUCACCUAUUGAAGUGGCAGAGAAAUGUAGUAAAGUGGAGAAGAGUCAUCAAGAACUUAGAAAUGUACCGAGCUUGAAGGGGGCACCUGUGAACACGUGUAAACCUAAUCUAGGAAAAUUGACAACUAAAAUGAAUACUCCAAUAGGCAGCAAAGUUAGAAAAACUGAAAUUAUAAGUUACCCAAGACCAAACUUCAAGAAUGUCAAAGCAAAAGUUAUGUCUAGACCAGUGUUGCAGCCCAAAGACCCUGCUGCAUCAAAGGUCACACCCAGAUCUCAGCUAACCAUUGCCUCAUCACCCUUAUCCGUGUCUUCCUCAAGACAGUUGACAGCUUUGAGCAAAACACCAAGGUCUGACUUGAAUGCAGAUACAAAAGCAGAAAUCCUAAUUAACAAGACACACAAGCAGCAAUUUAAUAAACUCAUUACUAGCCAGACUGUGCAUGUUACAACUCAUUCUAAAAAUGCUUCACACAAGGUUCCAAGAACAACAUCUGCCAUGAAAUCGAAUCAGGAAGAUGUUGACAAAGCAAGUUCUAAUUCAGCAUAUGAGACUGGGUCCGUGGCUACCUUCUUUCAGAAGAUGAAAGGCAUACUCCCUGUUAAAAUGGAAAGCACAGAAUGCUUGGAAAUAACAUACACUUCUGACAUCGAUGGGAUUAGCCCUGAAAAGAAGGGUGAAAAAGAAAAUGGGCCACCUAUGGAAAAACAAGAGCUAAAAAAGGAAAUUAUGAAUGAGACCUUUGAAUAUGGUUCUCUGUUUUUGGGUUCUGCUUCAAAAACUGCAGUCACCUCAGGUAGGAAUAUUUCCAAGCCUGACUCCUCCAAUUUGAGGAAAACACCUGGUUCAAAAGCCAAAGUGGGGCCUUCUGUUUCCUGUUUGAGGCGGAAUAGUGACAGUAGAAAUCUCAAUUCUGACCGGGCCUUAUCUCCUCAGAGGAUCAGGCGUGUGUCCAGUUCUGGAAAACCUACAUCCUUAAAAAAAGCACAGCCGUCUUGGGUGAAUUUGCGUAGACCACUUCCUAAAUCCAAAGCCUCUUUGAAAAGUUCUGCGCGGAGGGGGACAGGAAGCGCGUCCUCUGUUGCCAGCACCCACAGUGAUCUGAGCACUUACAGCAGUAACUCUGGGAAUGCCACUGUCAUCAAGUAUGAGGAAAAACCUCCCAAACCAGCAUUUCAGAAUGGUUCCUCAGGAUCCUUAUAUUUGAAGCCUUUGGGACCCAGAGCUCAUGCACACUUACUAAAAACUCCUCCAAAAGGUCCCUCAAGAAAAAAUCUGUUUACUGCUUUUAAUGUGGUUGAAAAGGGCAGGCAGAAGAAUCCCAGAAGUUUGUGUAUCCAGACACAGACGUCUCCAGAUGUGCUAUCUUCUGAAAAAACACUUGAGUUGGCUCAUUAUAAAACAAAAUGUGAAAACCAAAGUGGAUUUAUCCUGCAGCUCAAGCAGCUUCUUUCCUGUGGUAAUACCAAGUUUGAGGCAUUGACAGUUGUGAUUCAGCACCUACUCUCUGAGCGGGAGGAAGCGCUGAAACAACACAAAACCCUAUCCCAAGAACUUGUUAACCUUCGAGGAGAGCUAGUCACUGCUUCAUCGACCUGUGAGAAAUUAGAAAAAGCCAGAAAUGAGUUGCAAAUAGCUUAUGAAGGAUUUGUGCAGAAGCUGAACCAGCAGCACCAGACCGAUCUAACAGAGCUAGAGAAUCGGCUUAAAGAAUUUUACACCGGGGAGUGUGAAAAGCUCCAGAACAUUUACAUUGAAGAAGCGGAGAAGUACAAAAACCAACUGCAAGAGCAGUUUGACAACUUAAAUGCUGCCCAUGAAACCUCGAAGCUGGAAAUUGAAGCUAGCCACUCAGAGAAAAUUGAAUUGCUGAAGAAAGCCUAUGAAACCUCCCUUUCAGAAAUCAAGAAAAGCCAUGAAAUAGAAAAGAAAUCCCUCGAGGAUAUGCUUUUUGAGAAGCAGGAAUCAUUAGAGAAACAAAUCAGUGAUCUGAAGAGUGAAAAUGAUGCUUUAAAUGAAAAGUUGAAAUCAGAAGAACAAAAAAGAAUAUCAAGAGAGAAAGCAAAUUUAAAGAACCCUCAGAUCAUGUACCUGGAGCAAGAGUUAGAAAGCCUGAAAGCCGUGCUGGAGAUCAAGAAUGAAAAACUGCAUCAGCAGGACGUCAAGUUAAUGAAAAUGGAGAAACUGGUGGACAACAACACAGCAUUGGUUGACAAACUGAAGCGAUUCCAGCAGGAGAAUGAGGAAUUGAAAGCUCGGAUGGACAAGCACAUGGCAAUUUCAAGGCAACUUUCCACUGAGCAGGCAGUUCUGCAGGAGUCCCUGGAGAAGGAGUCCAAAGUCAACAAGAGACUGUCCAUGGAGAACGAGGAGCUGCUGUGGAAGCUGCACAACGGGGACCUGUGCAGCCCUAAGAGGUCCCCCACGUCCGCCGCCAUCCCCUUCCAGCCACCGAGGAACUCCGGCUCCUGCCCCAGCCCCAGCAUCUCACCCAGAUGA